UAACCUCUGUUGGUGUUGUGCUCCGUUUGAAUAUUGUUUAUGAAAGUAACAAGAGUCUAAAGCGGAGCAAUGGUUGAAGAUUGUUGUUGAAAAACGCAACAACUCCCGCGAAAGAGAGAGAAUAAGGAACGCGGCUGGCCGCCAGCAGGGGGAGAAGGAGAGAGGCAGCGAGCGGCGGGGGAGAGGGAGAGAGAGAGGCAGCAGCAGUACGAUCCGGGCGCUCUCUACCACCACCAACACCAUCGCCGCCGCCGCUACUGCGAGUAGCAGCAGCAGCUCUCUCUCGGCACACUACGCGCGCGCGCGAUCACCGACGAAGGGCAGCAUAUAGCCAGUUAUAACACUACACAAAGCCGAGAAGUUGCGCGCCUGUGCGCGCGUGUGGCCCUCUUCUCCUAGUACAACGUAGCCGUCGUCGUCGUGCUCGUUGUCCUUGAGGUGUUGUUAUUGUUAUUGUUGUUGCUGAUUUGACCAACAGUGCGUGAGUGCGGGGCGUGCCAGGUACGACCUGGCCAAGUAAAGAAUUUUUUUAUUUUUUUUGGUAAAAUUUUUCAACAAGAGUGAUAACAAGCAAAAAAAAAAACGAAGCUACACAGAGAAGAGAACGACGACAAGGAGGAGGCCUACCCGGCCGGAUGCGACGACGCCGCGUGUGCGUAUUCACCGAGAGCCGAGCAUAUAGAGGAAAAGACUAGUACAGCGGUACGGUUGGUAAUAGUGGUGGUGUGCGAAAAGGAGCAAAGAGAAGGCCAAGAGAGAGCACACGCAGCUGCUGUGUGUAUGUGUAUUGUAUAGAUACACCAGUAGAUCCGUGCGUAGUACGUAUACCGAGGUAGUGAGUAGUAGUGAGACUCCGACAGACCGCGGCAGCUAAGCAGAGAGAGAGAAAAGUCUAGGCGUGCGCCAAGAGCCCGCCAUAGCCAGGGAGCAGCAGCAGCAGCCUCCGCCACCGUCGAAGAGGAGAGCAGCAGCACCAGCAAGUACUACUACAGGCUACGGUAGCAGCAAGCAAGCAGCGCUCGGUAAGCGAGUGCGAGAGAAAGAGAGAGAGAGAGCGCGGCGACGACACAACGGGCAGCCGACGACACUAGACGGCGCCUCCGCUCGACGACACACUGCAUCAUGUCCGAGCACCACCGCGUAGCCGGCGGCUGGGCCACGGCCAGCCCCGGAGGCCGGGAGGACGGCUCGGCCGGUGCCGCCGCGGCGAACCCGUGGUGGCCCAACCUUAGCGACCAGCAGCAGCAACAACAACAGCAGCAGCAGCAAGUCGCGGCUCAGCAGCAGGCAGCCGCGGUCGCAGCUGCCCAACAGCAGCAGGCACAGCAGCAGCAGAGCCUCCACCAGCACCUGCUCAAUCAGCAGGCGGCGGCUCAACAGCAGCUCAGCCAACACCAGCAGGACAUCGUCAGGAGUACAGCCGCGGCUACGCAGCAAUUGUUCUCCUACAAGAUGGCCUCCAGCUUCCAGAACCCGGCGACGACGGGUACACAAAGUAGUCCCGUUUCGAGCAGCAGCCCAGUCGCCAUGAAAGGCUACGACUACAGGACCGGAGUGCCCGUUAGCGCGUCUUCUGGUCCAGCCGGCGUCCAAUGGUGGUAUCCCAGCCAGAUGAUGGACCAGCAAAACAAUCUACACCAACAGCAACUCCAGCAGGGACAGCAUCUAUCGUCCAUAACCACGCAGACCUCGACGCCCCAGAUACUCUCGCCGCAUCAGCUACAGCAGUUGCAGCACCAUCAAAAUAACCUACAACAAAAUAAUGCGAUCUUACAUCAGAACAAGGCAUUGAAGUCAACCAAGCCGAGGGGGCGCAUGACGGCGUAUGCUUUCUUCGUUCAGAUCUGCCGUCAGGAACACAAGAAGAAGCAUCCCGAUGAGAACAUCGUCUUCCAGGAAUUCUCCAAAAAGUGCGCCGCUAGGUGGAAGACCAUGAAUGAUAAGGAAAAGAAGCGUUUCCACGAGAUGGCCGAGAAAGACAAGAAGAGAUACGACACCGAAAUGCAGAGCUACAUUCCACCCAAGGGCGAGAAAGUGACAGGCCGAGGCAAGAAACGCAGGCAAAUGAAGGAUCCAAAUGCACCCAAGAGAUCUUUGUCGGCAUUCUUCUGGUUCUGCAAUGACGAACGUGGAAAGGUCAAAAUGCUGAACCCUGAGUACGGAGUUGGUGAAAUUGCCAAGGAACUUGGCAAGAGGUGGUCCGACACCGCUCCCGAAGUCAAGAGCAAAUACGAGGCUAUGGCUGAGAAGGAUAAGGCUCGAUACGAAAGAGAUAUGACUGCGUACAAAAAGAAGUUGAAGGAUGGCACCGGAGUUGGUGUGCCGGUCGUAGCCAAGAAAGAAGCAAGCGAGGAAGAGUGGGAAGAGGAAGACGAAUAACAAGGAGAGUAACAGAAAACGGACGCACGUCAAAAAUUUCAUCUAUCACCCCGUGUCCUUGAUCCCGAUGCAUACCUCACCUACUGUACAUACCAUUGACCUUAGCGUGAGCGUACUUACACCACUAGGAAAACAAAUAACUAACCACCAGUCCCCCGACUGUUCACAAUAAUGAUUAAAGAAAAAAAACGCGGUUAUAAUAAUUAUUUUAAAGAAAAAAAAUUGUAUGUGUGUGUGAAUUGCCUGACAGUUCGUAUGAGUGACAUUUGUAUUUUAACAUAUUGAUAGUAAACAUGUAAAGUGGCAUAGGAUAGAGAAAGGAUUAAGAAAAAAAAAAUGAACAGAAAAUGAGAGAGAGAGAGAUGAUGGUGCCCACUUUUCUGUCUUUUUCGGGGUGGAAGGCGCAGGGGCUCAAUUAUCGCUGACUUUGUCUCCACUCUGUGUUUGAAAAAAAAGCGACAAACAAAUAUGAAAAAUAAAAAAAAAACUUUGAUUUAGUACUUUAUGAAAAUAUGAAAAGAACAAUUAUAACAAAGCGUUCUCCAAUCAAUUUCAAAAUGGAGAGUCGCUUGCCGAACUUUAUCAGUUCAGUUCAUUCGGUGCCAGCGUAGUAUGCGAUUUAAAUAACUUAUUAAGAAUUAACGAAUAAAUACAUAAAUAAAGCAGUUUUUUGUAAUUACUCGAUUUUGUACAGUUAUACUUUAUCUUUAACUAUUUCUCAGGCUCGGAUAUCGAUUUUUCGAAUGAAUCGCGCAGGUGGGGAGAGAUGGUGGCUUUACUUUCUCUUGAAAUAUUUCUUACUUUUUGUUUUUAAUUGUGAUUCCUUGGUUUAGACAAAAACAGGCGUGUGCCGCCAUUAUGUAUGCUGCACCUCGCUGUACCUGUGUAAUUUAUAAUCGAUGUUGUAAAACCACUGAGACAAACAAAACGGGUCUAACCAACGACUUUGAUCUCAAUCACGCGCGUUACAAACAGCAAGCGAUCUCUCGGGAAUUGUUUAUCUUAUUUCAUUUAUGAUACAAUUUUCUUUGUCUAAAUGAAACAAAAAAUGUGAAUGAAUUGCAACGCGCGCGAUUGAGCCCUGACGCGUGUAUUUAAUUAUUUUUAGCAAAUGGUUUAAUUGAGCGAAAGAGCUAGAGUGUAAGGAAGCUAAAAACUGCUUUCUUCGAAUCAAAAUGAAAAUUCUUUCGAAAUUUUUUGCUGUAUGGGCGUGCGUUAGUGUUGUAGCGCUGAAAAAAAAAUUGAAUCUAACUCUUAUUAAUGUAUUACACAGAUGUUAGAAAACGAGAGAAAGAGAAAUAAUGGAACACAAAAUAUGAUUAUGAUGAGAUUUAUAAAGGGUGAUCAUAGUAUGCGUGCUACAUGAAUCAUUGUUAUUCUACUUCUCUCGAUUGUAAUAUGCUGUUUAUCGUUGGAACGGGGACUAGAGAAAAUGAUAACGAACAAAGUCUGUUUUUACGAAAAUUAUUAUAAACAAUGGUUGUUCACCUUGAGUAACUACUUUCUCUUCAUUUUGAUAAAAUAUGCACAGUAAUUACUGCGUUUUUAAUUUUUUUUUUUUUUUUUUUUUUUUUUUAUUAUAUUGAUUCGGUUGGAACUAAGAUUUGAUUAUUGUCUAGGUAAGGUAUUAUCUAGGUUUGAUUCAGAACGAAGAAAUCGGUCCCUGCCCUUUACCAUCGUUAUAUUCCCUUACAAUAUUCAUUUUGUCAAUAAAUAUAUUUCUUAAAAAAAAAAUAAACAAGCUUCUAUAUAAAUACUUCCUCUUAAUUAUAACAACCACUCUUUAUUAAUGUCAUUCGUUUUUCAAAGGCGAAAGCGAUUCUAGGUAGUGUGUCGAUUUUUCGCACUGCCUCACUACACAAAAAAACAUUUAAGAAGAAAAAAUCAUUUUGGUGUACAGCAGGCUGUAUUAUAAAAUAAACUAUUGUGGUUUCCUGUAAUGUUAACAUUCCUAGGUCUUAGUGUGUACAGAUUUUAAACUAAUCUCAUCGAUUAGAGCAAACUACGAUACGCUGACGAGCUGCAAGCUCUUGAUAAUUAACUUCAAGAUUUUAUUGCCAGGAUGAUUAUUAAUUGAAAAUGUGAGUAAAAGUAAUUAAUGUGCAAAAAUUGUUACUUGUUGCUUCUUUAUUACUCGGAAUGAAUUGUAUUAGUAAAAAGAAAAAAAAGAAAAAAAAAGUAAGGAAUUCUUAAUUUUAUCAAUAAAGAGAAGAAAUUAAGUAUCUCAUUUUGACUGAGCCACCAUUUUCAGCGUUAUGCUCUUCGUCUCCCCCAAGUACAUGAUAAGUAUUAAAAGAAAUCAUACAUCUGUAAGAUUACUACACUACAAAAACAUGUAAGAACAAUAACAAUGAUGGAAUAAAAAGUACGAGGCAUCUUCAAGGUGAUGAAUACUGUAAAAUAUGAAAUUGUAAUGUUUUAAUACUAAUUUGCAGAUGUGCAUAAUUUUAAACGAGUAUAGCUGGUUAAAAAUGAAUUGUACUGAUGAAAAAAAAAAAGAAAUAAUAAACGAUAAAUACCGACAUAAA